CACAUGGUGGAUAUGAGGUGGAUGCUUGCCUGCUUUUAGCUAAUUUAACGCGUUCCCAGGAAAAAUAAUAACAAAUUUUGCAACAGACAGAUAAGCUUACCAAAAUGCAGUGGGCAAGAACGUUGUUAAAUGCCUUUAGCAAGACAAGACGUCUUGUUGGAACCGAUCUGCAUGGGAACCAGUAUUAUGAAACCAUCCGAGAUGGAACAAAGCCUAGAAGAGAGAUGAUUACAAAACUGAAACCUUCAGAAUACACGCCUGAUUUGAUCCCCAUAGAGUGGGAGGCGUGGAUCAGAGGGAAGAGAGAUAACCCACCGACACACGAAGAGCUUCUAGCUGAACAAAACAGAAUAAAGACUCUGAAAGAAAGGGCAAAACAAGUUGAAGAAAAGGACAGAGAACAGCAAGCAUUGGAGCAAAAGGUGCCUCAGAUAGCAGCCCAAGUUGGACAUGCUGCUGCUCCUUUAUACGAAAGUUUAGACAAUAGAACCCAGCCCACAAGCACUGGUACAACAUUUCAGCCGGGAGAGUGGUUCCCAGGGUCAAAUGGUAAGCGGAAGGAUGGUGAAGAAACUUAUGAGCCCGAGUCCUGGGUACCACCUGGUAAUCAACCUCCAUCUAAAUAAUUAAGAGACAGAGGAGUUGUUCUUGGAUCUGUCCUGAAAGUCAUGAUAACAAAUAAUAUUUACAGAGACCACAGGUUCAUGUAGUGUCUGAGGUUUGAAAAAAAAAAUACAAACUUAUUUAUGAUCUAUGCAAACUCUCUCAGAUUAUCAGGGUGUCACCUGAAUACAGACUAAAUCUUAUGCCUGGGGAGAGGGGGGUCGGGGAUGCAGCAUGCUUGCUGAAAAAUUUGAAUUCAGCACCCAAAGGAGACCAAUUUGGGCAUGGCUUCAGCUCUAUCUAACCCCUCAAAGAUACCACUUAAAUGGGAUAGGCUCAAUUAUCAGCCACUAUUCAGGAAAGGAGCCUGUGCUAGUAGAUCAGACUCAAGAGACCGGCGGAAAUCAAGCCUAAAAAUGGAAUUAAGAGCAUUUCUGUUACUCUUAUAUCUUCGAGUGCACCGUAAAAUAUAUUUUGACAGCUAUGAUCAUGCUAAGUGAGACCAGAAUGCUUGAUUUAUACCCCUAAGCUAGAAGACAAGCAUCCCCGACCUUUUCAUAUGUGAGUCUCUCCUGGGUAUCUUGUGGCCCUCCGUGUGGGUCAGCAAUACCCUGGGAUUCAAGGGAAUCAAUAAUGUACUAACUGUAAGAGGCAAAAUCAACAAUCUCCUAGAAUUUUAGUUUUUCAGGUUGGUAUCUCUGCAUAUUCCCUACCUAUUCUUAAUUUGGCUCAGUUAUUUUGGUCAAAAUAUUUCCUUUUCUUGUUGUAAAUGUAUAAUCAGGAUGACUUUCCAAGAUUCAUGAAUCACUCGUGAUGUUAAAGGCUGCCUAUGGCAUGCCUAUUUUAAGGCCUGUCAUAAAGAAUUGAGUGGAGGAUAGACUCCUGUGACUGAGAGGUGAGAAUGUACUAGGGUCCUUGGAUUGGAGUGAAGCCUUGUGAUAAUUCCCCCAACCCUAGACAAACAGUGUGUCAACUCAAGUGGAAAUAUUCAAGUCGAUUUCCAGUUAUAGUGCAAUACAAAAGUAUUGUGAUAAAUUUUGAAGUAAACACAGUUAAAAGGAAUGGUUCAGUGAUGAGAGUAAUCUGAUGCUAGAAAAUCCUUGGAGAACCAUCAUGAAUCAACAAAUGAAGAUGGUUAACGUCAGUAAAUGUUUUUCUGUAAACUGAAGUCAUGAAGUCUAUCAUUUGAUAUUUAAAAAAAUUAAUUUCAAAAAAUGUUCUAGAUAAAUUUGCAUAAACUGUAACACAAAUUUAAGUAACAUGGCAUAUUUCAAGCAAAUUGUUCAUCAACAGAGAGCUAAACUCCGAUGUGCCUGUCUAUAUUUAAUAGAGAGCAAAUGCUGGAAAAAAUCAGAUGCCCUGAGUGGUACCGGUAUUCAAACCCUUGACUCCCUGAUCUUAUUGUAACAUGAAUGUUCCAAAAGUAAUGACUUUUAUUGCUUUGUGUAA